AACAAAGUCAAACUUUGAAAUCGACAAAAUUUUUCGUGAAAAAUUAAUGAAUACAAUCGGGGUGUUUACAAAUAUAUUUUGACUAAUUAAACAGAAAGAAAAGAUUUCUUAUCAGCAUACUAGCAACAGCUAGAAUUUCAAGAUGUUCUCGAAAUAUCCCAGUUUACUUCAGAUUUAAUUUAGUAAACAAUUCAAGUAGGUCAACGACUGAAAAUCGGAGGAAAAAAAUAAAAUGCACGGUUCAGCAGGUUUACAUUCAGCUUUGGCAAUCAAACGCCAAAGGCGACACCGUGAGCAAGCUAAAAAACGAGCUGCCGAAAGAAGAUUAUCUUUAAGAACCAAUAGUACAGAUAGUAUCGAACACCCACCGCGAAGAGGAAGUUUCCAUCCUCCAAAUGAUAAUACUCUAGCUACUUCAAUUGGUAUGCUCCAUCUUGGUGUGUGUUUUGUGGUACUGGGACUCUUUUUGAUAGGAUCCGGUCUACUUCCCGAUGACCUAUUAACUUGGAGAGGUGGCGGUUGGUGGAACGAAUUAGUACUUACAGGAAUAUUUGUACUGGUAAUAGGACUAUUCUUUAUUAUCCUAAAUAAAAUCAUUAGUAAGAAAGAGGAAGACGAUUUAGAAAAUUACGUAUCGUGUCAACUCACCCGCUCCAGAAGUGGACACAGGCUUGAAAGAGACGUAGAAACCGGUUGUUUAUCCACGAAGAACCAUAUACGACUUCUCGAAAAACAACGAGAGGAUAAAUUGAGAGGUUUGAAUGACGUAGUUCCCACUCAUAAUAAAGUACCUCCGGCAGAUGGAGAAAUUUACCUUGAAAAAAUUCUCGAAGAAGAAAUUAAUGAUAAAGAUAACGAAACUAAUCGAAACUAUGAUCAUAAAGAAACUAUGUCCACUACGACUACUGCCAGUUUAAGCCCUGGCACUCCUUCUGAAAUCAGGGAAUUGAUUUCGAACGGUAGGCAGUAUAGUUUUAAUUCUAGACAGUACUAAAUUGAACAAGCUGUGAUUUUAUUCAACUUAUUGUUAAUCUAGGUAAUGAAAAAUCUCAUUUAAUUGUCUAUGAAAAUGAGAUUAUUAUUAUUAUUAUUAUUAUUAUUAUUAUUAUUAAAUCGAUAUUAUUCGAGAAGAGUAG